AGUAUAUCAUGCCUACACUUGAAACAGGAAUUUUGCAUACCUCUUAGGGGAGUUACAAAAAAGCCUUUGUUUAUCAUUUAAUGUAAUUUUCCUAGGUUCUAAAGCACAGCCUUGUCUUUGGAAUGCUGUAGCUUUCUUUUUAGAAAGCAUUGCCAUGCAUGAUAUUAUGGCAGCAGAGAAAUGUUUUGGCACUGGGGUAACAGGUAAUGUACCCAGCCCAGAAGAAGGAGAAAGGUAUAAUUAUGGCAAGUGCACAAUUGUGGUCCGGAUAAUGGAAUUUGCCACAACGUUGCUCAGUGCCUCUCCAGAAAACUGGAAGCUCCUCGAGAAGGAUUUAUAUAACACAAACCUUAUGACACUCUUGGUGAAAACUGUGUGUGAGCCCUCAAGCAUAGGUUUCAACAUUGGUGAUGUUUCUGUUAUGGAUCAUCUUCCCAAUGUUUGUGUAAACCUGAUGAAAGCACUAAAGAAGUCCCUACACAAAGACUUCCUAGAAAUGCACCUAAAGGAAAAAAUAACAGCAGAGAGCAUUGAGGAAAUUUGUGCCAUUGACCUGUAUGGCCCGGAUGCUCAUAUCGAUAGGGCCAAGCUGGCUUCCAUUGUGUCAGCUUGUAAACAACUUCACAGAGCUGGAUUUUUGCAUGUGGUAAUACCAUCUCAGUCUACAGAUCAGCAUCAUCCUGUUGGCACAAAACUUCUUUCCCUGGUUUAUAAAAGCAUUGUACCUGGAGAUGAACAGUAUUUUCCUUCGCUAGACCCCAGUUGUAAACGAUUGGCCAGUGGACUUCUGGAAUUGGCCUUCGCUUUUGGAGGACUGUGUGACUGCCUUGUGAGUCUUCUGCUGGAUAAAGCAGUGUUGUCCAUGCCGUCCUUGAGAGUGUCCCAUAGAAACAACAUCAGCUUUUCCCAUGGAGAGUACUUUUAUAGUUUAUUCUCAGAAACAAUUAAUGAUGAAUUAUUGAAAAAUGUAGAUUUUGCUGUAUCGGAGCUAAUGAAAUCAUCCACGGAUAAUCCCAAAAUGGUAAUGGGAAAUUUCCUCUAAGUAAAUAUUUUCUUA